AUGGGUGAUGACAACUAUUGGUGGAGACCUGUACAAGGAGUACCUCAACUUUUCUAUACGGAACCCCUGGUGAAGGCAGACAUGGGUGGAUUAGAGCGAACCUUGCUGUGCCAAGGUCCCGUGGAACUCACAAGGGGCACGAAAACAAACAGACGACAUCUGUCCUUAUUUGAUGACGUUUUAGUAGUAUCUAGUAACCUGAAUAAGAAAAAAUUUAAAAUAAAAUUUAUCAUUCCACUGAAUAACCUGUGGGCUGUGGAUAAUGUGGAACUAGUCAGAAAAAAUGAAUUCUCUCUUUGCAAGAACCUUUUCCUGUUUUGGCCAGAUGGCAAUUUUUUGGCUUCCUUUCGUUCGAUUGAAGAGAAAGAUCACUGGUAUUAUUUUAUCAGAAGAACAGUGAAGAUUUCGAACUAUGGUUCUGCCCUGGCCAUGAGGAACCUCCUAGAGCACUGCACAGCCAUACACAUGUAUCUGUCAUACCUAGAUUUUUCCAGAUUAACUUUGGAAGGAUCUGGAGUCUUUUCAUCCAAGUGUUGCUAUAAAUCUUGCUCGGACUGUAGCACUGACAUUCUAUCUGUGUCAGAAGAAAAGGCAAAUCAAGACUUUAAUCAAAUUGGCUAUGAGUGUCCACAUAAAGUUUUAAUGAAUCACCUUCAAAUUAACUUGGGUAGAUGGAAGUCAAAAAUUUCCACAGCUUUUCCCAUCUUGCCUGGGUUAUUUGUGAAAGACUUCAACACGGAUGAGGAACGCCAAUUUAUCUUAAAGCCCCGAAACUCAGCUAGAAUCCAGCAGCAAAAUGAAAAGGAAAGACCUCGUAAGACAAAAAGACCAUUGAUGACAUCUUGCUUCCAUAGGGCCUCUGUGCCCCACCGGGACCAAAUGUGUACUGACCCAAAAGUUAAAAAGACAGGACAACUAUUUGGCAAACAACUGAGUUGCAUUUGUCCCAAUGGAAAAUGGCCCCAAGGAAUUCUGGACAUACUGUACCGAUUAAGAGAAAAAGGCCCCACCACACAAAGCAUCUUUGCCAAAUCUCCCAAUGAGACAUCGUGUAAUACUCUAAAAGACAAAUUGGAUAAUGGGGAAGUGGUCGAUAUAAAAAAUUACUCGCUUCAUGACGUGGCCUGGAUCCUGAAGGAGUUUCUACGACGUAUUAAAGGCAGUCUGAUGACUGCCCAGUUAUAUGACAAGUGGCUUGCAGUUCCGCAAAAGGCCAACCACAAAGAAAAACUGACAGCAGUGCGGAGUCUCCUAGACAAUCUUCCAGCGCCAAAUGCUGCUCUAUUGGGCCAACUCUUUAGGAUUUUACACGAAAUUUCAAAAAAUGCUUCUUUUAAUCUAAUGUCAGCUCAAAAUCUCUCGGCUGAGAUAGCUCCCUACAUUUUAUGGAUGCCUACCUACCGCAAUAAGGUCCUGGCAAAUUAUAUCACUGAAAAGAUUUCUCUCGUAACAUUUUUGAUAUCAAAUUCUCCCGAACUCUUUGGACUUGAUGUUGUUGCAGUAUGGUAUGAAACAUCGUUUUUUAGUCCAACUAGUACAAAUACCUCAUGUGCCCAUAAUUCUCCAUCUAUUAUCAACAAAGGAAAGGAAACAGAACAUGGAAUCAACACCUGCCCCAGUGGGAAAACAUACAGCCCAGGCCAUGACGCACCAGCAAUUACUCCUGUGGCUCCUCCUCUUCAUGAGGGCAAUAUAGAGAAAGGAGAAGGCAAUGUAGAUACAACCCGGCAAGCAAUUUCUAAAACUGCUCCUGCUCCAAUAAAAAAACAAGGAUUUCGCUCUUUUCCACCAAUUUCUUGCCUGGACAGGAUGCUGCCAUCUCCCAUACUUGAUAUGCUGUCUAUCAUUGAGAGAAGGGGCCAAAAUACUGACCAAAUAUUCCGAUACCUACCAGGAAAAUCACAUUGGUCCCUGAGAGAUAAAAUUUACACUGGUCAAGACAUUGACUGGCAUGAACAAUCUGUGAUUACAAUAUCUUCCGUUUUAAAGAGUGUCACUAGAGUGUUAAAUGGAUUCAUUCUACCUGAGAUAUUCAAUGUGUCCUGUGGUGCCUGGAAAGAUGACUCACUGUUUAACAACACUAUUUGA